AUGGCUGGAUUCUUUUGUCGCGUUCUAAGAGCAUUCGGUGUUCCCUGGCAGCCCAGGAGCGCCGUGGUAGAGAGUCUACAAGAUCGGCCCCAAGGUGUUGCCCCAAGCACGACAGGAACUUCUGCUGUCGACCAGCCCCAAGAUGCUGCCAGAAGUUCCGCAAGAGUUUCCUUAAGAAAUGGCCCAGGGUCUCUUAUUCAACAGCCGACGACAAACGAGCCUCAAGAAGAUAGGGCACCUAAGAUAGAGAUUAUCGAGAUCUCAGACGACGAUGAACCCGCUCUUCCUACCCCCAGGCCUCGCCGCCGAAGACCUCGCCAAUCUCAGCCUUCACGCCCCCCACGCCCAUCUCUUCAAGGAACGCCCAGCGCUCUCCCUGCCGGUUAUCUCCCCCCCUUUGCAGGAAGGCGAGGGCGCCGGUCGGGCGAGAUUAGCAGGAGACUAGCUUACCUCCAUACCAGGCUUGGGUUGGAAGACCCCGUGAACGAGACUACACCCAGAGACAUUGCUGCAGAUAAAGAGUCUGCCACUCUGGAGCCUCUGAGUUUGGAUUCUACUAUUAACAAUGGAAUUAACAGAGGCUCGGGUCAACAAGGCAGCUAUACCACUGCAAAGUUUGUCGUGGGCUAUGACUCGCGGAAGCGGCCUGCCUCCCCGUUAUCCAUAGAAGCACAUGUCGUUAGCGAUAUUUAA